CAGGUCUGGGGGGUCCCCCUUCGAUCCUGGCUCGUCCCCGAAGACCCCGCUUUGAUCGGACUAUCAUCACAUCCCCCUCCCUGCGACCCAGACAGCUGCUGUACUUAAAGUCUCAGCCCCCAAAUCAUCAGACCGACUGCAGCAGCGGAGAACCAGCAGCAGACCAUGGCGAGCAGGAAGACAAAGAAGAAGGAAGGAGGCGCCAAAAGAGCCCAGAGAGCCUCGUCCAACGUUUUCUCCAUGUUUGAACAAACUCAGAUCCAAGAGUUCAAAGAGGCGUUCACACUCAUCGACCAGAACCGGGAUGGAUUCAUAGAUAAGGAGGAUCUGAAGGACACGUACGCGUCGCUGGGUAAACUCAACGUGAAGGACAACGAGGUGGAGGACAUGCUGAAAGAAGCAACGGGUCCCAUCAACUUCACCAUGUUCCUCAACCUGUUCGGAGAGAAGCUGCACGGUACGGACCCCGAAGACACGAUCUUAAACGCCUUCAAAAUGUUCGAUCCCAGCGCCAAAGGCUACGUUCACAAAGACGAAUUACAGAAACUACUGAUGACACAAGCAGACCGGUUCACACCCGAGGAGGUGAAACAGAUGUUCCAGUCGUCCAAUAUCGACGCUGCAGGAAACCUGGACUACAAAUCUCUGUGUUACAUCAUCACUCACGGAGAGGAACAGGAAGAAUAAAGAGCCCGAAAAUAUAAUCUGCUGCAGUUUGGUUGAGAAACAUUAAAGUUUGUCUUUAAGUUCAAAUAAAAACAUGAAAACUGA